CAGCGUGUUGAUACAUUGUUUACAUUGUUGAAUGUUUACUGACGUCAUCAACAAAACUCCUGCAACACAGACGUGAAGAAACAGAACGGAACAGAGAACAGUCUGCAACCAACAAUUUGAAAGAGAACAUAAUUUUAUAAGAUGGAAAAUAACUUCACAGUUGAUGCGAACAGCACCGAAGUCGCCAAAACCCUGGUUCCACUUCUUCAAAUCGGAAUUGCAAUCGUGGCUAUCUUUGCAUUUCUCCUUCUACUUAUCAUAUCCGCCUUUAUAGCAAGCAUUUAUGAGCUAUAUCAGACCUCUCAUGAAUCACCAGAUAAUACGACAUUGAUUACGAUAAGUGCAGUUUCCAACACAGAAAUCACCAACAAUUCCAACCCUAAAAGAACAGCACCAAUAGCAUUCGUAAUACUAAUGUUGAUUCCAAACAUUUUGAGGUGUCUACUCAUGACAUGUCUCGGGCUACAAUUAAUAUAUUCAGAUCAAAUUAAGAGUACUGAUAAAUCACCACAUAAUUCGACACUGAGUACGAUAAAUGCACCUUCCAACACAGGAAUCACCCACAAUUCCACCACUAACAGUACAUCACCAACUUAUUUUACAAGUGCACAACUAUCCCUGUCAAUGAUCGUAAUAUGGAGUAUGGCCAGUGUGCUUGUACCAAUCUUCAUAUAUAUCGUGUCAGUAGAUAUGUAUAUACACUUAAAAGAAAGUUUGGGCCCCUCGUUAUCACAUAGUUUUCGAAAAGGUGUCACACUCUGUAGUCGACAAUUACCGGCGUUGGCAAAGAGCUCUAUAACAGACAACACCGUCGUUUUUAAAACAAGACGAUGGGAAAUUCUUUGUGAUAUGGUGAAUGCGCUUAUUAGCUGGGAGUGAAUUAACAGGAGUCUUUCUGGUUUGGACAAGAAUUACUAAUUUAUUUCGAAAAUCUGAUGUAAAACACAAUGUUUAACAGAAAUAAAUAAAGCAAGUACGACUUUGUAUAAACUAUUAAAUCAAUUGUAGGCAAAACUUAUUAUUAUUAUCCACUAGAAUAU